AUGGACGUCCAGAGAAUUCAGAAUAUUGGUUGGGUGUCUCUCGCCGUUAUACUCCAUACAUUGGCCACACUUGCUGAAUCAUCAGUAAUAGGUACGUCGGUGGAAAUUCGUCCGAAAAAUUAUCCCAAAUCUGCGUUGUAUGCCAAAGAAACUACGGAUGUUUGGAUAAAGCAGCCAACAAAUAAUGAAAUUGUGUUGUGGACAAUAAAAUCGCCAGGCAACACCCUUGUAGCUGAUACUGUCUCUUUAGAGUACAAGGCGAGACCUGGAUAUUUCCUGCGAAGCUUUAACGGGUACCUUAGCAUUGAGAAUGAGGCAUCUGGGGCUGUUGACUGGGCACACGCCUCGACGUUCAGGCUGCUAAAAGACGAAUAUUUCCCUGGGACAUAUGCUAUUGAAUCAGCAGCGAAUGCAAAACAUGUGCGUCAUGCUGGUGGUCGAGGGAGAACAUGGGUUGUUGAAAAUACAGAUGCCUUCAUUAAUGAUGCUAGCUUCUUUCUGGUACCCGAAGGCUACCCCAUCCAUGCAAUGGGAGGUGCAGUGCAACCUUUACCAUUGGGCAUGGCUGGAUCAGCGCUGAAUAUAUUCACAACAUUUUCACUCGAAGCGCAUGGCGAGAUUCUAGAAUGGCAAUACUAUGCUCAAAACACAAAUCCGUUUUGGGGAGGUAUAUGGAGACCUUUGCCUGACGGUCGAUAUAUACUAGUUGGCAAGAAUGAGAUUAUUCCCACUGGGACUGGUUACCAGUCCUACAAGGUCCCCUUCGCACAAACAAUCAUCGUAAGACCCGGGGAUGUUACAGGAAGACACACAGCGGGUCAAAGGAAUCUUGCACACUCAGCUUCGAAUAGUGAGUUUAUCGUUUUCAAUCUACAAGAUAACUCUCUACCAACUGGGAAAAUUCUAACUGGAGCCAAGAGUUGUUGCCGGAUGUUUCCUCUAAUGGCAUUUAGCCAACCAGCUACACCCAUUGUCUUCAACAUGAAACAUGGUGACGGACCUCUCCUGGAAAGGAACACACACAUACUUACGGAUGGUGAGCUCAACACCUGCGUUGACAUCAAGAUUGGAACCACCCUGAAAUUUGACGAAGCCAAUUCCGGUUACUCUGAAUACAGCAUCGCUGUAUACAUGCGAGGUUUCAAUGAUUGCGUUUCGACUCACAACAACACUAUCCAUGUGUAUCAAGAAACAAUGGUAACUGGCGACUUCAUUGGAUCAUAUAAAACCUGUGAUUUUCUGGACUCUAAAUAUGUAGAAACACCAAGUGGUUAUGUAACUGGUUGUAUGUGGAGUUGUGGGUGCGAAGCGAAUGUUUGCAGCAAAGGCUAUGUCUCAAUUCUUGCCAAGAAAACACUGUGUGAGUUGUACAUAAAAUAUUAAUAUUGGGUACAACAAUAUAUUGUUGCCAAGGCAGCACUUUGUGAGGUAAAUAUCAAAUAUUAAAAGCCAUUGGUUGUACGACAAAGGGUAUAUAGCAAUUGUUGCCAAGGUCGGAUAUACAUUAUUGAAAACGGCAAGACAAAUGAGACAUUAAAAGUCCAUCAACUCAAAUGAUGUAUAUUGUGUACAAUUUUCAACAGAAUAUUUAAUACCAGAGUAUUUGAACCUCUUUAACCAAGUGUGUAAAAUAAAAUCGGAAUAUCUUAAAAUAUGUAAAGCAAUGAUGCGACUUUCCGUAGAUUGCCACAAACUUCGUAUUAGAAAUGAUGGUAUAUGUUCAAGUUGUGAUAUGUAUGAAGUUGAGUCAGUCCGUCUUUUUCUAAUGACAUACACAAAAUGGCACGCCAAAUUAAGGCUGAUAACGGAGAAAUAUAAACAUGUACGAGAAAAUAUAAACGAAAUAGAAAUUUCAUUUGCUUAUUCGGGCGUAGAGGUUUCACAAUAUGAUAUCAUAAACAUGAUCUAUAGAAAACAUGAUGGUAAGACGGUCCCAAAUAAUGCACUGUAACUACUAAAGGCUGAUUAAACAACUCCAUCUAACAUUGUAAAUAACAAUUUAUUCAUUUGUACAUUUAUUCGCACGGUAACAUCGAUG